AUGUUGUGUCAUAUAGAUAUCGAUGAGUGUAGUAACAACUCACUCAUCUGUGGGGACAAUUCAGCUUGUUUCAAUACUGUUGGUAGCUACUACUGUGAGUGUCUUACUGGGUUUAAGGACUUCGCUGGUGCCACUCGACAAUGCUUGGGUAAGAAUUUUGUCUUUAGUAUCAUCCUUAUAAUCAGACACUUUCACCCUCAUCUCUCCAUCUCCACUUCAUCCUCAUCAAUCUCAACACUCUCUUUCUCUUUCAGACAUAGAUGAGUGUGCUGAGAACCAACAUAUUUGUGGGGAAUGGGACAUCUGUCUCAAUCAGGUGGGUAGCUACCAGUGCAAGUGUCCCACAGGAUUCAGUAACUACAACUACAGACGAACUCACUGUGUAGGUGAGAGAAACAAUUAUUAUUGGGUCUUCUUGUAUUGGGUUUUGUCUAAAUAUUCUAAGAUGGCUACCUUAACUUGUCUGUCUUCCAUGUACUGGCUGACUGUACUGAACCACCCUAACAUUCUGUGUUAAGUUUUAUUUACCCCCUGGUCUCCAUGUUAUGUCAUCUAGAUAUCAAUGAGUGUAUGGCCAAUCCCCAAAUCUGUGAGGACCAUUCAAUUUGCCUCAAUACCAUUGGCAGUUACUAUUGUGAGUGUCUUCCUGGGUUCACAUUACAGCCCACAAAUAUUGCAACUGGACAGUGUUUGGGUAAGUAUUGUUUAAUGUGUGUGUGUGUGUGUGUGUUUGUGUGUGUGCACUGUUUCCUUGUCAUCACCCUAAUAUCCAUAUUUCUUCCUCAGGCGACUAACUCAUCUCUCUCUUUCUCUUUCAGACAUUAACGAGUGUAACACAGAAGGAGUAUGUGGAAAGGGGGGCAUCUGCCACAACCUGAAUGGCAGCUACUGGUGCCUGUGUUCUGCUGGAUUUACUAACUUCGGCAACAACCAAACUAAGUGUGUAGGUGAGAGACAAGCACCAUUCCACCUGUCGUCCAUGAUGCACUCCUUUGUCAUGCACGGGUCUGGACAUAGUGUACUGUAGAAGGGUAUUGAGAUAAUAUGUCUCCAUGUUUUUACUUUAGAGCUUAAUUGUGACCAGUAUGAAACACAGCCUGGUCAGGUAAAGUUUUACUUUACAAUUAUUACACUAAGAAUUGAGAAAAGGGUAUUUUUCCUUGAUCUUGAAAUGUUUAAUGCAUUUUUCCCACGGCUGCACAUGCCCCCCCCUCCCUCCCUCCUAGACUCUACCAGGCUUUGACAGUUUCGUGUCUCUGUUGAGAAACAACUGUUUGGUGUUGAGCAACUCUACAUUGCCUGGACCUUCAAGACAGCUGCUGACUGCAAAUGUGCUUUUGACAGUAAGUCACCACACAGAAACACACACACACACACAUGCAACCACACACGUAUAAAACCCUUAUGUCUCUCUUCUCUAGUUACUUGUUAAUACCACUGAUGUUCUUCACCUGGGCGUCCAGUCCAAUGCUGAAGUGACUAAGUUACUGAGGACAAUUGAAAUGUCUAUCAGACUGAUCGCUCCACUGCUGACAGAGAACGUGACCAGGAUAGAGACCAACCACACAAGUAACACACACACACUGAACACACGCUGACCACAAUAUUUACCAUUUACUGACCACAAUCUGAACACCAUACUGACUGUAAAAGGAGCACUAACAAGCACAUUAGAUUGUUACAAUGUUCAAAUCAAAUAUAUGCAAUAUUGUGUUCUUUCAGUAAUGGUGAUUUCUGGUCUGUGUUGAUUUUGUCUAUCUUGAUAAACAGAGGCUGAGAUUAUGGUGAGGAGAGACAAGACUCCACCUGAAGGACCAGUCAGCCUGACCAAUGAGAACACUCAACUUGACACCACCUGGGAGACGGCGGUUGGAGAUUACCAGAAUUACCCAGGUAGCCGCGGUCCUACAGUACCAAUCAUCUCCUCAAAAUAUUAUUACAGGCACACAUUGAUGGAUUCGCUUGGGAUAUUGUUGCACAUGUUUUUGUAUCAGGCCUUAUGUUUUCUUUUGUUGUUUUUGGUGUGCAGGGUUUGCCUUUGUCGUUCUGCUCAGCUAUAAGAAUCUGGAUACUCUGAAGGACAGUUUUUCUCCUCAGAGCCAGCAGCUCAUGUCCAGUGCUGUGACGGUGUCCGUUAGCAACUCCAACACAACAAACCUGCCCCAACCGGUUAAUCUCACCUUCAAUCACCUGCAGGUAACACUUGUGUCUCUUCUUAAUAGUGUCUGGCUGUCAGUAAAACAUGUUUUUCAUUUAUAUAUUUUGCAUGAAGUCACAUUUUUUCCUGAAUUGACUGAGUGAAAAUGGAAUGAACCCCAACUCAUAUAUACACUGUAUCCUAGUCCAGUGAUGUUGACCCCACCUGUGUUUAUUGGUCGGAUGAGAAUGGACCGGGGGAGUGGUCUGGGCGGGGUUGCACUUCAGUGAUGUCAAACUCCACCCACACUGUGUGCUCCUGCAACCAUCUCAGCACAUUUGCUCUGCUGAAGGGAAUCCAUCAGAAAAAGGUGAUGAGAACACUAACCAGUUUUCCGUCCUCCCACUACGACUCGUCUGGAAAGCAUGCAGUUUAUUAGGCAACAGAUUAAAUAAAUGUAUGAUGAACUUUACAGGGUGGUGAAUGUGCAAUAAAUAUCAAGGGUCUUAUUCUGGUGACAUGAUCAUCGAUGCUAGGCUAUAGUUUGACAAAUAUAAACAAUCUCGCUCUUUUGUCCAUAAUAAUCUCAUCAUGUAGGCAAUACGUGCACUCUAGCCAACAGCGCACAUAUACUUAUCCGUAAACAGCGCUGUGGACUAGAGCGCAGGUGCCAAUACCGGAGUGGGCACAUAUAUAUUGCAACAUAUGUUUGUGAGAAAACCAUCAGUAGAGUUGAAAAUGCCAUGGAAACCCAUUUAACUUGUAUUUUUCAAUUGGGAAACAUGGGAAUUUAACCGCAAAGGGUAUUUUUAUGUGCACUAUGUCAUCACGCACAGCAUUUUAUCUGCAACAAGUCAGUUUGAUGGAAACACCUCUCUGGUGUGAAAAUGCGCAUAUUGUUUUAAUGCAGAUUGUUUAAUAUUCCCAUGUAAAUCUGUCGCCAAUUGGAUGGAAACCUAGCUAGUGUAGCACAUCUGAAGGGGGAGAAAAUAUAUUCCCAGAUAUCUGUGUCAGAGACUUCUUUGGUUCCUCUAGAAAUGUUCAUUUUUUUAACUGCUGAAUGUAAGCGUUUGAUGCAUAUGUCAUAUUAUUUAAGUAUUUGAUGCAUUUGUCACAUUAUUUAGGAGAGUUUGAUGCUUGUUGAUUGCUGAUGUUGUUUUGUUCAUACUGUCUAGAUGGUGUGUCUAAUGCUUGUUAUUCCUUGUUUGCAGGAAAGCGGCCAGCUGUCGGUGGUGAUGUGGGUGGGCAUUUCUGUGGCACUGGCCUUUGUGGUCCUAUCCCUGAUCAUGUCCCUGUGGUGUCGCAAUUUCAGUCGCAAACGCCGUGGAGGACACCGACUGCAACAGGAUAUACAACUCUAUAGCAAAUAAGACAUGGAUUUGAACUAUUGGUGUUAUAAGAAAAGCUUUACUUGGAAUCCAUUUGUAACAUUGUCUCUUGGCUUGCAAGGACAAAUGCCAGCAUUUUUAUUCAAUUAAGUAGUAUAAAAUGUAUCAAACAAAAAAUAUAUAAGAACACAUAACUUUAUGUUAAUAGAUAUACAAUAUCUCAUGUAUAUAACGCUUAAAAGUUCCAGACUGUAACAGCAGAGCUCUCAUCUCUAUGGCAAAAUACAUAAGUUAUUUUAGUCUCAUAAGCAUGGUCUGUAAUUUGUAGCAUACAUUUUUCUAGAAUAGUGGUAUAUCCACUCAAAGCUGUAUUUGUCCAGUAUCAUGCCACUUGGUUGUUGUUGUAACCGAGUUAUUUUAAGUGAAAGUAAUAUUUUUCCUGUGUAUUAAAAUGUAUUUUAAUCAAAAAAUUAUCUCGCUAUUAUUUGCUCCAUUCUGAUUCAAAUUUCUAAAUAUGAGCUGUACAUUUCUUAAAAACUAAAGCACUACACCAUACUGAAAGUACAAUGAAUUUGUUCAUUGCACACCCAUUAUUUUUUUUUUUGCCUCAGUAGGCUUGCCCACAUGGUGUAAAGACUUCCAAACACCCAAACUGACUUAAAGGCCCAGUGCUGUCAAAAACAUAAUUUUCCUGUGUUUUAUAUAUAUUUAAACACUGUGAGGUUGGAAUAAGACUGUGAAAUUGUGAAAACUAUAAUAAUGCCCUUUUAGUUUAAGAGCUGUUUGAAAAGACAGUCUGAAAUGUCAGCCUGUUUUGGUGGGAUGGAGUCAGCUUUUUCAUAAGUCAGCUGGUUUAAGUGGCCCUGUUGAUAAGCAAUCGAUAGUGUCUAUACUGUGCAUGUUGGUGUUUUAGAUCAAUGUAGGGAAUGUCAAUCUUGGAGGGAGAUAGACCCUCUAUACUAGAGUCUAAUUAAGGGAUGCAACUCAUCCUGCGAUAUGGCUUUUUCUUUGCAACUCUGUCUAGAAGGUCAGCAUCCCGGAAUCACCUCUUCCCUGUUGACAUUGAGACUGGUGUUUUGCGGGUACUAUUUAAUGAAGCUGCCAGUUGAGGACAUGUGAGGCGCCUGUUUCUCAAACUAGACACUCUAAUGUAUAUAGGGAAUGUCAAUCUUGGAGGGUCUAUCUUGGAGAUAAACCCUCUAGACUAGAGUCUAAUUCAGGGAUGCAACUCAUCCCUGAUCAGUGCCUGCUGGUUUUCAUGCUUCCCUUUUAAUCAGAAACUGAAUUAUUGUACCUGGGUGAAAUCUAGUAAGUAAGUGGGUGCAAAUAAGUGGGUGCAAUCCCUGGCCAAACGAGGGAAGAUUAACUGGAAUUGUGUACAUCCUCUAGAUAGACCAUCAUUUAGGAAAGUGGAAGCGGUCUACGCGAAACUAGACAAAUCAACCUGAUGCGAAUUGCUAUUGAAUUUAUCUUCUUGUGAUACCCAAACAGUUCCUCUUUGUUUUUGACUUAAAAUAAAAAUACAUUGCUAGUCAUGGUGAACUAUUGUUACUUCCCUGUGAGUGUGGGAACAUGCAUGAGGUUACCAAAUUAUUAUUUUGAACUAAAGCCAAACUGACGUGUGACACCGCCUGGUAGAGAUUCUAUUUCUCCUGAUUGUGGGUCAGUCAAUUUUCUGCUUUUUAUUUGACCAACACAUCAUCAUUGAGUCUACUUAAAACCUAUAUAAUAUGUGUAUGUAUGUGUGCAGUUCAACCUUUGUUUUAUGUCCACAUUUAGCGUUACUCAAGGACCAAGGAGCAAGAGUUACUAGAUGUGUGAAUUGUAUUGGUAAUGAUGGAGAAUAUGAUUAUAUUUUCAUGUGUAGUAUUUUGCUUUACUAAUGUACUUUGAUCAGGAAUGUUGACCUCUGAUAAUCUCCAGCAUUAAACAGACCUUGUUUAGGAACAUUCAACACUAUGUACUGUUUAGUAGUGAUAUAUUUUUUCAGAACAUAAUGUGUCCUCCUUCCAGAGUGCAAAGAACCUUGGCGUGACCCUGGACAACACCCUGUCGUUCUCCGCUAACAUCAAAGCGGUGACCCGAUCCUGUAGGUUCAUGCUCUACAACAUUCGCAGAGUACGACCCUACCUUACACAGGAGGCGGCACAGGUCCUAAUCCAGGCACUUGUCAUCUCCCGGGGGUACCGUCACGACUUCCUCCGAAGCUGCCUCCCCUCCUUGUUUGGGCAGGCUUAGGCUUGUCGUCACCGGCCUUCUAGCCACUGCCGCUCCAUAUCUCAUCAUUCCAUUUGUCUUGUCUUGUCAAUUACACACACCUGGUUCAUAUUCCCCUCAUUAGUACAUGUAUAAGUGUGCAGCCGAGCGGAAAUGGAGGAAAACUAGACUCCCUGCGGACCUGGCAUCUUUUCCCUCCCUCCUCUCUACAUUUUCUUCCUCUGUUUCUGCUGCAACUCACUCAUCUGUGGUAACAACUCACUCAUCUGUGGGGACAAUUCAGCUUGUUUCAAUACUGUUGGUAGCUACUACUGUGAGUGUCUUACUGGGUUUAAGGACGUCGCUGGUGCCACUCGACAAUGCUUGGGUAAGAAUUCUGUCUUUAGUAUCAUCCUUAUAAUCAGACACUUUCACCAUCAUCUCUCCAUCUCCACUUCAUCCUCAUCAAUCUCAACACUCUCUUUAUCUUUCAGACAUAGAAGAGUGUGUUGAGUACCAACAUAUUUGUGGGGAAUGGGGAACCUGUCUUAAUCAGGUGGGUAGCUACCUGUGCCAGUGUCCCAAUGGAUUUAGAAACGCUGGCGACGGACAAACUCAGUGUGUAGGUGAGAGAAACACGAUUUUUCUUGAGUCUUCUGACUCUCCCAUCCACUGCUGUGUUAUUUUGACUGACCCAUAACAUUCUGUUGAAACUUUUAUUUACUCCUUGUGUAACAGUCUUUACUGUCCCUGACCGUACCAUGGCUCAAACUAGUUAUCCUCUGCUUAGCAAACACACAUUACUGUCCCUUGACAACACACUAGCCAGUUGCGCCACCGAAAAGGUACCAUUUCGGUGAUGCAGGUGCAAACAUUUUAAACUCUCGUACACUUGGACGCAUCAAUAUUAUUUAGAUAUCAAUGAGUGUAUAGACAUUCUCCCCAUCUGUGGGGACAAUUGAUCUUGCGUCAACACCACAGGCAGUUACUACUGUGUCUUCCUGGGUUUAGAUUAGAGCCCAAGAAUAUCACUGGCAAAAUGUUUGUGUGCGCGUGCGUGCGUCUUGCGUUCAUGUGUGUGUUUGUGUGUGUGACGUCCUUUCCUUGUCAUUCCACACUUUCAUCCUCUCUCUUUCCCUUUCAGACAUUAAAGAGUGUAAGAUAGACAGAGUAUGUGGAAAGAGGGGGAUCUGCCAAAACCUGAAUGGCAGCUACUGGUGCCAGUGUUUUGCUGGAUUUACUAACUUCGGCAACAACCAAACUAAGUGUGUAGGUGAGAGACAAGCACCAUUCCACCUGUCGUCCAUGAUGCACUCCUUUGUCAUGCACGGGUCUGGACAUAGUGUACUGUAGAAGGGUAUUGAGAUAAUAUGUCUCCAUGUUUUUACUUUAGAGCUUAAUUGUGACCAGUAUGAAACACUGCCUGGUCAGGUAAAGCUUUACUUUAAAAUUAUUACACUAAGAAUUGAGAAAAGGGUAUUUUUCCUUGAUCUUGAAAUGUUUAAUGCAUUUUUCCCACGGCUGCACAUGCCCCUCCCUCCCUCCCUCCUAGACUCUACCAGGCUUUGACAGUUUCAUGUCUCUGUUGAGAAACAACUGUUUGGUAUUGAGCAACUCUACAUUGCCUGGACCUUCAAGACAGCUGCUGACUGGAAAUGUGCUUUUGACAGUAAGUCACCACACAGAAACACACACACACACACAUGCAACCACACACGUAUAAAACCCUUAUGUCUCUCUUCUCUAGUUACUUGUUAAUACCACUGAUGUUCUUCACCUGGGCGUCCAGUCCAAUGGUGAAGUGACUAAGUUACUGAGGACAAUUGAAAUGUCUGUCAGACUGAUCGCUCCACUGCUGACAGAGAACGUGACCAGGAUAGAGACCAACCACACAAGUAACACACACACACUGAACACACGCUGACCACAUAUUUACCAUUUACUGACCACAAUCUGAACACCAUACUGACUGUAAAAGGAGCACUAACAAGCACAUUAGAUUGUUACAAUGUUCAAAUCAAAUAUAUGCAAUAUUGUGUUCUUUCAGUAAUGGUGAUUUCUGGUCUGUGUUGAUUUUGUCUAUCUUGAUAAACAGAGGCUGAGAUUAUGGUGAGGAGAGACAAGACUCCACCUGAAGGACCAGUCAGCCUGACCAAUGAGAACACUCAACUUGACACCACCUGGGAGACGGCGGUUGGAGAUUACCAGAAUUACCCAGGUAGCCGCGGUCCUACAGUACCAAUCAUCUCCUCAAAAUAUUAUUACAGGCACACAUUGAUGGAUUCGCUUGGGAUAUUGUUGCACAUGUUUUUGUAUCAGGCCUUAUGUUUUCUUUUGUUGUUUUUGGUGUGCAGGGUUUGCCUUUGUCGUUCUGCUCAGCUAUAAGAAUCUGGAUACUCUGAAGGACAGUUUUUCUCCUCAGAGCCAGCAGCUCAUGUCCAGUGCUGUGACGGUGUCCGUUAGCAACUCCAACACAACAAACCUGCCCCAACCGGUUAAUCUCACCUUCAAUCACCUGCAGGUAACACUUGUGUCUCUUCUUAAUAGUCUCUGGCUGUCAGUAAAAUAUGUUUUUCAUUUAUAUAUUUUGCAUGAAGUCAAAUUUUUUCCUGAAUUGACUGAGUGAAAAUGGAAUGAACCCCAACUCAUAUAUACACUGUAUCCUAGUCCAGUGAUGUUGACCCCACCUGUGUUUAUUGGUCGGAUGAGAAUGGACCGGGGGAGUGGUCUGGGCGGGGUUGCACUUCAGUGAUGUCAAACUCCACCCACACUGUGUGCUCCUGCAACCAUCUCAGCACAUUUGCUCUGCUGAAGGGAAUCCAUCAGAAAAAGGUGAUGAGAACACUAACCAGUUUUCCGUCCUCCCACUACGACUCGUCUGGAAAGAAUGCAGUUUAUUAGGCAACAGAUUAAAUAAAUGUAUGAUGAACUUUACAGGGUGGUGAAUGUGCAAUAAAUAUCAAGGGUCUUAUUCUGUUGACAUGAUCAUCGAUGCUAGGCUAUAGUUUGACAAAUAUAAACAAUCUCGCUCUUUUGUCCAUAAUAAUCUCAUCAUGUAGGCAAUACGUGCACUCUAGCCAACAGCGCACAUAUACUUAUCCGUAAACAUCGCUGUGGACUAGAGCACACGUGCCAAUACCGGAGUGGGCACAUAUAUAUUGCAACAUAUGUUUGUGAGAAAACCAUCAGUAGAGUUGAAAAUGCCAUGGAAACCCAUUUAACUUGUAUUUUUCAUUCGGGAAACAUGGGAAUUUAACCGCAAAGGGUAUUUUUAUGUGCACUAUGUCAUCACGCACAGCAUUUUAUCUGCAACAAGUCAGUUUGAUGGAAACACCUCUCUUGUUGAUUGCUGAUGUUGUUUUGUUCAUACUGUCUAGAUGGUGUGUCUAAUGCUUGUUAUUCCUCGUUUGCAGGAAAGUGGCCAGCUGUCGGUAGUGAUGUGGGUGGGCAUUUCUGUGGCACUGGCCUUUGUGGUCCUAUCCCUGAUCAUGUCCCUGUGGUGUCGCAAUUUCAGCCGCAAACGCCGUGGAGGACACCGACUGCAACAGGAUAUACAACUCUAUAGCAAAUAA